AUGGCUACAAUAGCCGAAGCCCUUACUCGUUUAACUCUCCCUCCUCAAACCAGACAAAGCACCCAACAAGCUUCAACCUCAAGUAGUUUGCCCUCCCAACCUCAACCCAAUCCUAAAGGAAGCAUAAAUGCUAUUACUCUUAGAAGUGGUACUAAAUUGGAUAAGAAUGUGGCUAUACCUUCAAAGUUGAGUGAGGAGACAAACAAUGAGGAGGUAGAAGAUGAAGUGGAGGUGAUGAGGAGUGAAGAUGAAAAUGUUGACAAAGGUGAGAAAGAACCACCAAAGGUCAAGGAGCCCAAGAAAAAGACCUUGCUUGAAGAGCCUUUGCCCAUUCCAUUUCCAACCUUAGCCAAGAAAGCAAAUAAGCAAGAAGAUCUUGACCCCACUGUGGUAGAAGUUUUUGAGAAAGUUGAAGUUACCAUCCCUCUCUUUCAAGCCAUUCAACAAGUGCCGAAAUAUGCCAAGUUCCUCAAGGAUAUUUGCACUCACAAUGACAAGCUUGGAAACCUCAACAAAAAGCCGGUAGAUGAUUCUAUCUCUUGUUUACUUCCUGAAAAAUGCAAUGCAUUAUGCCACUCCAUCUAUGAAAGAUUGAACUUAGCACCCCUAAAGAGAUCUGGGGUGAGGUUUUUGUUAGCCGACAAGAGUAUUGUGUCAGUUGUGGGGAUUUCAGAGAAUGUCAUAGUCAAUAUUCAAGGGUUGCUCUUUCCAGCUGAUUUUCACAUCUUGGAGACCCCUCCCAUUGACUCAACCAACCAAUCAUCAAUACUCCUUGGACGACCAUUCUUGAAGACGGCCCGUUUCAAGUUAUACGCACACUCGGGAGUCUAUUCUUUUGAGUUGGAUGGCAAGCUAGUCAAGUUCACUUUGGAGGAGUAUGACAAGCCCAUUCUUGAAGCUUACUCUGUUUUUGGAUGCCACAUAGUUGAAGACAAAGUGAUUGAAGAUGGCAAGAAUCAAGGAAAGGAGGAUAGUGCCAAAGAGUCAAUUUCAAAGGAUCAUGUUCAACCAAAGCAAGCCAAGGAGUUGGAAAUUAUCCUCCUUGGGAAAGUUCCUAAGUCACCAACGAAGCCAUGCAAGUCCAACUUAAGACUUUAA